GCUCCUUGUGCUCUCACCUAAGAUUGAGCUCCUCCAACACGUUAUUGGUCUUGAGAGCCUCCCCCACUGCAGAGGCUCCAGGAUCUCCACAGCCAUUGUAUGAGAUGUCCAGGACCCUCAAGAAGAUGCUGGCCUGGGAUGCAAAGGAGCAAAAAGCGGGCCCAAGCCUCUGAGCCCAGGAGGCCUGAGGAGCAAAGAGCAUGGGCAGAGAGCAGAGGAGGGAGCCCUGGGGCUUGGCCGGUGGUGAUGGGCAGAGCUGCAAGACCUGGGACAGCAAGGGGAGGGUGUGGACGUGAAUGUGCCUCAGGACUGGCUGUUGGCCAUGGGCAGAGACACCAUGAUCAAGAUCUUUCCCCAGGUGGGGACCUCUCCAGGACCAGGACUGAGGCACAGAGCAGACCAGAAAAUGAUACCAAUGCCCACUGUGGGCCAAGGUCUCUGCUGCGCAUGGGGGUCAGAGAGUUGAACCCAAAGUGGCCUGCCCUUCCCUCAAGGAAUUCACCUUUAAUGGAGAAGACACUUCCAGGACUGGGAGAGGAGGUCAGCAGACCCCCACCUCAAAGAGAAGCCCCUUCUUUACUGAACAGCUGGAGGUGGGCCCUCCUCGCCAAGAAAGGCUACCAGGAGCAGGAUCUGGACCCCCAGAUUUCUGUCAUCACCAAACUUAAAGGGGUUUCUGUGACCCAGAUCAAGGAACUGGGGAACCGACUGUGGGAUGUGGCUGAUUUCGUGAAGCCACCACAGGGAGAGAACGUGUUCUUCUUGGUGACCAAUUUUCUUGUGACUCCAGAGCAAGUUCAGGGCAGAUGCCCAGAGCACCCCUCCAUCCCGCUGGCUAACUGCUGGGCUGAUGAGGACUGUCCUGAAGGGGAGACUGGCACGCACAGCCACGGUAUCAAAACGGGCCAGUGUGUGGUGUUCAACGGGACCCACAGGACCUGUGAGAUCUGGGGCUGGUGCCCUGUGGAGAGUGGUGCUGUACCCCUGAAGCCCCUGCUGGUCCAGGCCGAGAACUUCACGCUGUUCAUCAAAAACACCGUCACCUUCAGCAAGUUUAACUUCUCCAAAUCCAAUGCCUUGGAGACGCAGGACCCCCUCUACUUCAAGCAGUGUCGCUACGACCCACGCUCCAGCCCCUCCUGCCCUGUGUUCCGCAUCGGGGACCUCAUAGCCACGGCUGGAGGGGUCUUUGAGGAUCUGGCACUGCUGGGCGGUGCUGUGGUUGUCUACAUCCGAUGGGAUUGCGACCUGGACACAGCCAGGGGCUCCGAAUGCCUGCCCAGCUACUCCUUCCAGCUGCAGGAGCGGAGCUACAACUUCAGGACUGCCACUCACUGGUGGGAGGCCUCAGGCGUGGAGGCCCGGAGUCUGCUCAAGCUCUAUGGGAUCCGUUUCGACAUCCUGGUCACUGGGCGGGCAGGGAAAUUCGGGCUCAUCCCCACAGCCAUCACUCUGGGCACAGGAGCAGCUUGGCUGGGCGUGAUCACAUUCCUCUGUGACCUGCUGCUCUUGUACGUGGAUGGACAAGCUCAUUUCUACUGGAGGACCAAGUACGAGGAGGUAACUGUGGGUCUGUCCAGCCUUGGGGCUCUGCUCUGCUUGUGGAGGAUGUCAGCUAGAGCCCUGACCUGCUGUCUUCACCUGCAGGCAAAGGCUCCAAAGGUGACUGCCAGCCCUGAGCCAUCAGAGCCAGCCUCUGCACCCCGGUGCCCAGCUGCCCGGGAGCCUUAGAGGGGCCAGCACCUGUCCCUGCAGCCACAGCUGAUAGUUGUAGCUGGUCACUGAGGCUGUGGCUGGGGCCCCACUUACUGGCCCCCACUCACCAGCCCUCUCCUGAGGCCUCUUCUCUGUGGUGGGGGUGAGGGCUGGAAGGGAGGGGCCUCACCUUGGGGACUUCCCAGAUGCAGCCCCAGCAGGACCAGGGUGGGGGUGGGAGGAGGAUUCCACCAUUCAGCUCCCAGGCAGACAGUCUGUCCCCUGACACUGGCCUCAGUGGGUGCUGCCUGGGGAGAGCAGAGCCCUGUAGUGGGACGUGGCUCCAGCUGCGCCUGUCUGGGGAACUCUCUUCCAGCUCUGUCACCAGGGCUCCUAGCAGCAUCCCACUCAUGCAUGACCAGCACAGACCCUCCCACUGUCUAAGGAGCCUCCAGCCCUCCCCUCUUGGUGACACCCCCACUGCAGGAGAACCCCCACCUGCCCAGCCUGGCUCAGCCGCGCUGGUCCAGGGUCUGUGCAGCUGGAGUCUAAGGCAGGACAGAAAGAAGUCUGACUGGAAGGCUGUUUCCACUGCUCUGGUGCUGGGCUGCCCUGAGCCCUCACCCAGUUUGGGGAUUGGGUGGGGGCCUUGUGGAAUGUGGAGGAGGGCAGUUGGGGCCCCAUGCAAUGGCACAGCACUUGCUCGGUUUGUGAGCACCAUCCCCUCCCUGGUGGCAGCCCUUUGGCCCUGGAGGGUUGGGAGCCAAGGGUGGAGGAGCUGAGUCAGUGGUCCUUGGUCCUUGGGGCCCUUCUGUGUGCUGCCUUGGUGACACCCAGCCCAACCUCCUGGAACCUGUGGGGGUGGGGAGGGUGUACAUCUGGAAUUCACUGUUGCCCAAGGUCACACAUAAGAACCAGCCUGAGGCAACGGCACCUCAGGUGGAGCCCAGUGGCCAGAUGGAAUGCCCCAAACACAUCACAGAGGCUCCCAGCAGACUGGCCUGGCUCUGGAAUCCUCACGGGGUCUGAGCCUUGCAUGCUGGAGAACUCACCAUGCCUGGGGGGCCGCCAUCAGCAGGGGGGACAGGCUGCAGGAGUCAGACACUGUCUUGGCCCCAGGCCACUAGCAGGGACUUGGGAAUGCCCACUCAGGGGGUGAGGGGAUGCUUUCUCAUGGGCCCUGGCCUAUUGCCAGUGCAGUGACGUGGACCAGCUGGGGAGGGCCAGGGCUGGGGCUCAGGCUGGGCUACCAUCUGCAGCCAUCUGGCACUUGGAGCCUCAGCAAAGCCUUGGUUCGCCGCUGCCUGUCAAUCUCCAGUGCAGUGGCCUUGGAGAAGCAGGCCAGGGUGAGAGAGCCUUUACCAGGAUGGGGUCACGUGGACGGGGCACAGAGGAAACUGAUGUGUGGCUCCAGAGUUGGGGAGUAAAGCCUUGUCAAAGCCA